AUGUUGUACGAACAGCAACAGUUUGAGCAGCCGAAGAUGAAGAUGGAUAUGAGGAAGAAGACGGAGAGGAGCAAAAGCAUAGAGGAAGAGAGGCUUGAAAUAGUUGACUUGAGUGGCAUGUCCUUGGAGUCCCUUCCCAACCCAUCUCUUAAUUUAGCUACCAUUUGCAAGUUGGACCUCUCUAAUAACAAUCUUCAGAAUAUUCCAGAGUCCUUAACGGCGAGACUGCUGAAUGUGGUGGUGUUGGACGUGCACUCCAACCAGCUUAGGUCACUCCCGAAUUCCAUUGGUUGCCUCUCUAAGCUAAAGGUUUUGAAUGUCUCUGGCAACCUCAUCGAAUACCUUCCCAAAACAAUUCAGAAUUGCAGAGCUUUAGAAGAACUGAAUGCAAAUUUCAACAAGUUGAGUCAGUUGCCAGAAACAAUAGGGUUUGAGCUCAUAAACCUAAAGAAGCUAGCAGUGAACUCCAACAAGCUAGUGUUCCUUCCUCGUUCCACAUCUCACCUCACAUCUCUGAAGGUUCUAGAUGCACGCUUGAACUGUCUCAGGUCUCUCCCAGAAGACCUUGAGAAUCUCAUCAACCUUGAAACCCUAAACGUGAGUCAAAACUUCCAGUACCUUGAUUCUCUUCCUUAUUCCAUAGGACUCCUCUUGUCACUGGUUGAACUUGACGUUAGCUACAACAAGAUCAAGUCCUUACCUGAUUCCAUUGGAUGCCUCAAAAAGCUCCACAAGUUAAGUGUUGAAGGGAACCCCCUCAUUUCACCACCUUCAGAAGUUGUAGAGCAAGGAUUGCAUGCGGUGAAGGAGUACCUGUGCCAGAAGAUGAACGGGGCCAAUCAGAGCCCAACAAAGAAGAAAUCAUGGAUGGGAAAGUUGGUUAAGUAUGGAACCUUCAAUGGAGGUAUGAGAAGUAGGGCCCGUGAACGUGAAGAACGUGAGGCUUUCAUUGUGCCUGAGUAUAAUAGAUCCAUUGAUGGUCUUGCUUCGCCACGUUACAUGGGAAUGUUUUCACCUCGUCGACUCUUCUCGCCCCGUAAUUACUUCAGUAAUUGAGGGUUAACAUUAAUUGUCUUUUUUUAUAACCCUGUUUAAUUAAUUAAUAAUAUUGCCCAUUCAGUAUGAGUGAGUAGUUUUGCUUGCAGUUUCAAAAUUACAGCAAUUUCCGGAUGUUAUAAUAUUAUGAACGUGUGUCCUUACUUUACUGGUUAGGUUGUACUUAUAAUGGUAAUGGUGUUGAGCUUCUGAAAGUUUGUAAGCCAUAGACCUGG